AUGCUGAAGCAAAUCCAAGGUGGGCCCCAUCUGUCUAAUCAAGCAGGCAUUUCUUCUUCUUUUCCUUUUUUAACAAUGUAUCUUACCACAGGCUGCACUGAAAGUUCUUUCUUCACACUUACCAAUGCCUUUCCAAUAUCUAUCUAUCUAUCUAUCUAUCUAUCUAUCUAUCUAUCUAUCUAUCUCAACUAUUCAUAUCUAUCUAUCUCAGUCUAUUCAUAUCUAUCUAUCUAUCUUAGUCUAUUCAUAUCUGUCUAUCUCAGUCUAUUCCUAUCUAUCUAUCUAUCUAUCUAUCUAUCUAUCUAUCUCAGUCUAUUCAUAUCUAUCUAUAUAUCUAUCUCAGUCUAUUCAUAUCUAUCAGACUAUUCAUAUCUAUCUAUCUCAGUCUAUUCAUAUAUCUAUCUAUCUAUCUAUCUAUCUAUCUAUCUAUCUAUCUAUCUAUCUAUCUUAGUCUAUUCAUAUCUAUCUAUCUAUCUAUCUAUCUAUCUAUCUAUCUAUCUAUCUCAGUCUAUUCAUAACUAUCUAUCUCAGUCUAUUCAUAUCUAUCUAUCUAUCUAUCUAUCUAUCUAUCUAUCUAUCUAUCUAUCUAUCUCAGUCUAUUCAUAUAUCUCUAUCUGCCUAUCUCUAUGUUAUGCUGUCCCUUCUCUCUUUCCAUGUCACCUACUUGCCUCCUUUUCAUGCUUUCUCCAUUGCUUUUUCUGUUUUAUUCACAACCCCUUUUCCCCAUUUCCUCCUCUCACUCACUCUUUCAUUAUAUCUUUUAUCUUACUUUCACUCCAUCAUUUCUAUAAUCCCCAUCCUUCUUUACUUUAUUUGCUUCCCUCUCCCUCAUUUCUCCCUCAUCCUUCUGCACAUUAUUUGCCUCCCUUUCCCCCAUUUCUCUUGCACUAUCUAUCUAUCUAUCUAUCUAUCUAUCUAUCUAUCUAUCUAAGGAUGUUCAUUAUCUAUGCCAGUCUUUCCAUAUCUAUCUAUGUCUAUUCAAAUCUACCUAUCUAUCUAUUUAUCUAUCUAUCUAUCUAUCUAUCUGUUCCAUUGUCACUUUAA